AUGCUGCUCUGGGUCGUGCUGGUUGCAUUCUGCUUCGCCCUCAUCCCGCUGGUGGGUGCACUGGCACUGUGCAUCUAUGUGGCAGCCUAUCACUCGUCCUCCACGCGUCCGGCCUCCUCGGGCUGUCUUGGUCGUUCGGCCGCCGUCGUUGUGCUGGGCGACAUCGGUCGCAGUCCACGCAUGUGUCUGCACGUCGAGUCGCUCGCCAACGAAGGCUGGAAGGUCGCCAUCGUCGGCUAUCCCGGUUCGUCGCUGCCUCCCGCCCUACGCCGCCCGUCGGUGCGCCAACACCACCUGCGCACCCCACCCUCCUGGAUCGCCCGUCUCCCCCGCGCGGCAUUCAUCGCAGUCGCGCCGUUCAAGCUCGCUCUUCAGGCACUCUCGCUCUUCACGGAGCUCACGACGCAGGUCCGUCCGCCGCCCGAAGUCAUCCUUGUCCAGACACCGCCCGCACUCCCGACACUGCUCGUCGUCAAGGUCGCCGCGAAGCUCGUCAACGCGCGCGUGAUCAUCGACUGGCACAACCUCGCGUACACCAUCCUGGCGCUUCGACUCGGCGCCAAGUCGCGGCUCGUCAGGCUCGCCGAGUGGUUGGAGAGGUGGAGUGGGAGGAAGGCGUAUGCGCAUCUGUUCGUGACGCACGCUAUGCGCAACCACCUCGAUCUCGAGUGGAAGCUGCACGGGCACAAGGCCGUACUGCACGACCGACCGCCGGCGCACUUUCGCAGGGCGACCGUGCAAGAGACACACCGCCUCAUGGCAAAGCUCGUUCCGCAGCUCCAGCCGCCAUUGAGCGACGGGUUUGUGCCCGAGUACAGCGUACCGGCCUCGACGCCGUUUACGCGCGACGAUGGAGCAGCGGGUGAGGCGAGCGUGCAGUGGCGCCCAGAUCGGCCUGCGCUCGUGGUGAGCAGCACCUCCUGGACGGCCGACGAGGACUUUGGACUGCUUCUGCGUGCGGCGAGGCUGUACGAGUUCCGCGCGCGCGCACUCGCCGAAACCUCGCCGACAAGUGGCUCACCCGCACACUCGCGCAGCAGUACGGGCGACAACACGCUCUCUCCCAUCACACCCUCCUCCCCCGCGCCCUUUUCAUCCGACGGCGAGACGGUGCGGACGUCGAAAGAACGGCGCCGACCGUCGCUGGGUGCGCUGCGCAGUGCGACGUUGCCGCACGAGCCAGCAACCACCCUACCGAAGCUAGUCAUCAUCGUGACGGGCAAAGGCGAGCUUCGGGCGCGGUACCUUGCGGAAAUCGCACGGCUGGAGGCACAGGAGCGCUGGCGGUGGGUGCGCAUCCGUACGGCGUGGCUCGAGACGCCCGACUACCCUGUGCUUUUGGGUUCUGCGGACAUUGGCGUAUCGCUGCACACCUCCAGCUCGGGUCUCGAUCUGCCGAUGAAGGUGGUUGACAUGCUCGGAUGCGGGCUGCCCGUGUGCGCGCUCGACUUUGCGUGUCUCGACGAGCUCGUGCGCGACCGUUCCAACGGGCUUAUCUUCCGCGAUGCCGAGGGACUCGCUCGCCAGUGGGAGUCGCUCCUCUCUCACCAUCCGCAACCCAGCUGGCUCUCCACAGGAACUGGGAUGCAGGAGCCAUUCGAAGCUUCCACCGCCCCUUCUCCGGCGGGACUGCUGGAGCCGAGAGUCGGAGCGGCAGUACCCAUGUCGCCGAACCCGAGCAUGACACUGCUACACAGUCCCGGACUGCCUCCCGAGCUCAACACUGGGCGAGGACCAAGAUCAACGUGGUCGGGCAACUGGAAGCACGUCAUGCGGCCACUGCUCGAUCCCGCCGUACCAGACCAGGAGGUCGACGCAGUCCUAUCCACCUCGGCGCUCAAGCUCGAGUCUGUUGGGGGCAUUUUGCAGCGCAGAGUAAAGGGCUACACGCGUGCGCCCAGCACCGACUCGAGUGCGUUCCAAUUCGUCAGCCAGGCUGCUGCCAUCACCCACGAGAGCCAAAAGGGCCUGCGUCUGCGCAAGUCGGUCAGCAGCCGCACUGCCGACGACGCCAUCCCCGCCAUCCAGGUGUCCAAACCACCCACACCCCCAUAG